ACAAUUUCACCAACUGCGUACACCAUUUGGUGCAAUCGUUUCACUUUUCCUUGUUGACCAGUUUUCUUUAUAUAUUCGCGCCAUGUGAUCGACGAUUCGUCCCUAUAAAAUGUUAAUUAUUCAAGGCAUUGUUUAUGAUGUCAUGUUAGUCAAACGCGUUCACACAUUGUAAAUAAUAGAAAACGUUCUGAUCUAAUCACAGCAUCUACAGAUGAGGAAAUGUCUGGUUAUGACAUUGUGAGAUAUCCCUUAGAAGGAGUUUUCAGAGCAUCAGAUUCUCCUCCCAACGCAGCUAUGGAAAUCACUGAUGAAAAUGGUGAAGCGACUGAAACAUUCGACGAAGAUCUCCCUCCUGCUCAUUCAUAUCUAGGAGAUAAUUUGGAAUCUGUGAGUGGAAGAGUCAUUCUCUCUGAAGGAUCAUUUACAUCAUUACCAUUGCUUCCAAGGUCAUAUGGGACCCUCUUACCAGGACAAACUUUUCCUUUGGCAGUUCGAGAUGUAUCAAGAACAUCUAUGUUGCGGGAUUGUGUAGAAGGAAAUCACACUUUCGGAUGUGUCGCUAACAGAUACCACCAAUGCCAAGAGGCUGAUGUGGAAAUUUAUGGUACAACUGCAGAAAUUUAUGAGUUUUGCAGUGAUAUCGAUACUGUCUGUAUAAGAGCGAAAGGAAGGCAGAGAUUUCGAUUAAUAAAUACAAGAAGAAGUAAUGGAGGGUAUUUAAUUGGUGAUGUGGAAAUUUUACCAGAGAUAAUUCUUCCAAAACCAUUGUCUAAUCUUCAUUACUCAUCUCUCAGUAGAGUUAGAGGCACACAUAAAGCCAAAUGUGGGCAUCGAGAAGCACAAUUGACACACUGGCCAAAAUGGGUUUAUGACCAAUAUGAUGUGGACAAAGUUAUGGAUAGGGUGGACAAAGAGCUAUCUUUUCUCAAACAAGGCCUUAGAAAAGAAAAAGGCAGGCAAGCAUGGCCUAAAGAUCCUUCAGAAUUGUCUUUUUGGCUAGCCACACAUCUUGAUGCUGAAGAUAGACUUUUCAUUAUUAAGUUAAACAGUCCUAUUCAGAGGCUAAGAUGGCUUUUAAGCCUUAUGGGAAAGUGCCAACAACAAUUUAACUGUCAGUCGUGUAAAGUUCAAAUUGGACUCCAGCAAGAUGUUUUUGCCAUGUCUACUGAAGGUACACAGAGUACCUAUGUUAAUCCAGAAGGCUUCCUUCAUGACAUCUUGACAUUUCUUCAUGCGCAAAAUGUUGCUCUCACUUCACUACCUUCAUCUCAGUUCAGCUGGUUCCCUGGGUAUGCAUGGAGUAUAGCUGUUUGCAGUUCUUGCCAUAGACAUAUUGGCUGGCAGUUCACCUCUCUCAGUCCAAGGCUGAAACCCAAGAAGUUCUGGGGACUCACAAGGCACUCUCUUAUAACUGUACCCAAAUUGGAUAGAGAUAAGGAUGAAGAUAAUUUUAAACCUGUUAUAUAAAAAUGUUUUAAAUAAAACAGUCUCACAGAAUAUUAAUAUAAGUAAUAUUGACGUAAAGUAGUAUUGCGUAAUUAUGAAAAUACUAUUUUAAUAAUAUUUAGUUUGUUAAUAAUAUUAAAGGAUAAACCACUAAAUAUGUAUAUCAAAAAAAAAUCACAUACGUGUGAGGGUUUAAAAUUAAUAACUUGGGAUGUUAAUAUUCUAUUUUUGAUGCUUAAGUAAAAGUUUAAACAAGUUCUAUUAUUACUUACAUUUAUUUUCGACAAGAUGAGAAUAAUUUUUUUUAAUAUAUUUUUUAUUUUAUCACGUUAAAAAGAUGUCUCAUUUAUGUUAUCAAAUUAAUUUAAAUAUAUGCAUUUAUUUAUUUUAUAUAAAUAAUGUAUCAGUGAUCAAAUCUAAUAGAAUCAAUUAUUAUUUGAUGGUAGGUAAACAUUUGUUUUAUUGCCCACCAUAGUGAUGUCACUAUGAUAUCCCAUAAAUUUAAUAUCUAUUAUGUAUUUGACCUAUUCAGUUUCUACCGUUCAUACUCUGUUAACUGCAGACCAAUUUUUUUAUACUGUUAAAAAAUGUAUAUUCUGUUGUAUUUAUGUUUGAUUUCAUCAUGUACAUACCUAUAUAUUAAACAUUUACCCCUUAAAAAAA